AUGGAUGUCUGGGGCGGGACGCUGGGAGCGUUGGGAGAGGCGGGCAGCUGGCCGGCAGUUUACCUCCUGGCUUCCUAUCUGCAGGCCACCAGGGGUCCAGAGGGGCCUCGCUGGGCCUUAUAUGCUCUGCAGGCAGUCCUCUCUGAUACGCGCUUACAAGUGUCUCCUGUUCUAGCGGAACUCGAGAGCCGGAGCGACGAAUACAGAAGGGAAAUCAGUUUGUUUUUGGAGCAAGGGAAGCCCCUACAAAUCGACCUCCAUGUUCCCUGGGUGGUCAUGUCAGUCAUCCUCUGUUUAGAAACAAACCUGUGGGCAACUAAGGACCACCCUGAUCCAAUAAAUCAAGAGUCUUGCUACACGGUCAUUAGCAGAAACCUGAGCUUCGCAUCAAUUAGCUUUGGACAUAUCCGCGGCCACCUCCAAGAUGAGGCCACUGCGACAUUAAACAGUGCGAGUGAGCUAUUGGAUGUGGCCAUUUGGAUUUCUAAUUUCAUGCUGUAUCUAUCCGAGUCUCUUCUCAAAUUGUCUUAUUACAACAGUGACUGUGCAGAGCUGUACAUCGGAGAACCAACCCACCAAUCUGAGCCCAUGAGUCACGUGGAUAUGCAGAGCCUUCAGGAGGCCAACUGUGAGUCCCGAGGCAAGGAGCUCACUGUGACACAGCCUUCAGAAGCCUCGUUUCUGGACCUCUUAACUCGUUGUAAAGACUUGUACAUCAUAGCAGAGUCGAUUCGCAGCACGAUAUUCGUCCGUCUCCGCGAUCUCCAGUUUGAUCCUCCACUAGCUCUUCAAUUGAUGACCCACCUCUUCUGGGCACCGGGGCAGUCCUUUGAGGAUGGUGUAUAUGGUGCCAAGAAGAUAUAUAACAGGCUUCAAGGGCUGACAGCGGUGUCUCUUUCUCAAGUAAGCACCUCGGACGGAAACUUCGUUUCUCUAGAGAGUCUACAACAGGAAUGCUCAAACCAUGCCGCAUACUACAAUAGUGACCAGCUUGUAGCCUCGCAGCUGGCGUGUCUGAAGGUGCUUCAACUCCUUGAGCUCGCUCCUGUGCUAUCUGUUCGUCCCGCCAGUAUAAAAAGGCUUCAGCGGCUCUUCCUCUCAUCACUUCGUGUUCUAGAGGCCCACAAACACCAAGAAAUAACAGAGUCCGUGCUUCAGCAAACAGAGUCUUUCUCUGUCCUUGCAGAGCUUGCAGGCAUCCACCGAAGAGGCCCACCACGCCCUGUAGCCUAUCUUCGAUUGUUCUUCUACAAAGCUGUCUUGAACUACUAUUGCAACACGCCGCAGAAAGACCUUUAUGACAUUAUUCUAUGCAACCUAGACUCUACUUCCAUACGCGAUAUGAAUAGGAUUGAAAGCACAGAUAUUCAAGCCGUACUACUUUCAAUCAAUGAAUAUGCUGGUGUGCUACUGAAGACUGUGGAGACUUGUAUUACAAACAUAUGCACCGAUGACCGUGCAGACCCUGAGAUUGAGCUUGCCGGCCACAUAGAUAGUCUUUCUGGACUACUAAUCUGUCUUCCGUGUAGGCCAGAUCCCUUUGCUGACCUUAUUGCUCUUACAAACAGCACAAUCUCUCUAUUGUAUUAUUAUGAGGAACUUAGGUUACAGAAUAUACAGUAUGUAAUUAGUUUUACUCGCAAUUUAUUUUUUAAAAUAGCAAUCCAAAAGUUGCGAAAGCUUUUUGUCAAGCUUGUAAAGCUCUACGCGUUAAUUUUAAAUCUCGGCUACCCAGCUGCUCAAUUGGAAACAGAGUGCUUUCAAGAGCGCACUUCACGGCUUCUGGCCAGGAAGCUGCAGGGGCAAUCACGAGUGGACCACCAGUUUAUUGCAAAAGAGGCCAUUCAACAUGCUAAGGUCCUGGUUCUAAGCUACUACAACGAAGACGAACCUGGGUUUUCCUUUGCUACCCUAGCCAAGACUGUAUCGUUUAUGAUCGUCGAAAGCGCUAACGAUGCAUCUCUUCAGGAAAGCCUCCAGUGCAUCUUAUUCUACUUGAUGAUGGAGACACCGAUAUGCCUCUUUGAUUACAUUAUGACCGCUCGCAUAAUACGUGAACUACACGCUGACCUUGUCUCUGCAAACAAUAUAGAAAUUCUUCUAUCGACUAGCAAAGGCCUCUUUACUCACUUUGAUCAUGACACUAUCCUGAAUAGAUUUGGUAAUGUAAGUGGUGAUAUGCAGUCACAUCUUUCAACUACCUAUUCUGAGCUUCUGUUAGCCCUUGUGCUUUGUUCUGAGGUGUUUUUAUAA